AUGCUUGAAACGCGAUAUCAACUCGAGUUGGCUGACCGUGAAAAAAUGUUUGAGAGUGAAAAGAAGGAACUGCAGCGAAAGGUAUGCUCUUUAGAGGCUUCAUUAGUGGCCAAAGACGAAGAAAAGGCGUUAGCUCUGAAGAAGCAGGCGGCUCUCGUCAAGGAGCUACAACGUGCUGUUAGAGAAGAAAAGAAACGAGCUGAAUCAAUGGAAAAGCUAGGUCGUUGUAGCUCGGAGGAAAGAGGUUGGCAUUUAAUAGGAGAAACCGAUGCGAAGAAUGCGCAGGUGAGUUCUGGAGUUGUUUCUGGAAACAUUUUGCAACUCGUUGUCAUUCUCUUCCCAGUGCUUUUAUUCACCACAUAG